AUGUGGUUAAAGGCUGCGGUGCAUCUCCUGCGGUUUCGUGCGGUGGCUUGUCCACGUCAUCCGCGGAAGAAGAAAAAAACAGCCGCGUCGCAUCAAAAAAAAAAGCACCGUCCGCGAGCCCUAGCCACCUUCCUCUCCGCGAGCCACGGCCCUCUCGGCGAGCGAACUCCUCUCCGCGAGCCACCGCCCUCUCCGACCCUAAACUCCUCUCCGCGAGCCACCGCCCUCUCCGCGAGCGAGCUUCUCUCUGCGACCAGCCACCUUCCUAGCCGCGAGCCACCGCACCUUCCUCGCCGCGAGCAUCCGCGAGCCACCUUCCUCUCCGCGAGCAGUCUCCUCACCGCAAGCCCAAGCAGAAGCGGCCAGACACCUUCCUCGUUGCGAGCCACCGCCCUCUCCGCGAGCCCUAGCAGAAGCGCCGGCGCCUCCCUCUCCGAACCCGGGAGAAUCCGAGAGAAGCAGAAUCGCCUCUCUCCCGUCCUGCCGCUGCGAGUCCUGCCGCUGCGACCUCUCCCCCGACCUCUCCGCCGCGAAUUUAACAAUCAAACAUGCACUAGGAAGCCCAGCAUCCCUCGCUGUGAAAACUACUGGUUAUUGCAUUUGACAGCCGAGAAGAAUGAACUUCGUGAAGAGAAGCAGAAGCUGAAGGCAGAAAAAGAAAGCUUAGAGCAGCAAAUCAAACUUCUGAAUACAAGGUCUAGUAGCAAUGCUGCUCACCCGCCCGUUAUACCUACCCCUUUCACAAUCCCUGGUCAACCUGCUGGGCACAAGUUAAUGAUGGUGAUCAUUGGUUACCCUAGCUAUCCAAUGUGGCAAUUCAUGCCCCCUGCCGAUGUCGAUACAUCACUGGAUGCUGAUAAAUGCCCACCUGUUGCCUAA